GUGUACCUGCAAAACAUGAAUAAAUAAGUAAAUAAAUAAAAAAAGAAAAAACACACGAGGAUAACCGAAACUUGACUGGAGAGAGAGAGAGAUUUAAGGAAGGCCAAAGAAAAAAGAAAAGGUGGAGAGAAGAGAAAGAGCAAUUGGGAAUUGCAAAGCCAAGCAGAGAAAGAAGAAACACUUAGAGCAAAGCAACCACUUCCACAUAUUUUCCUUCUUCUUCCCAUUCAAGAAUGAAUCAAAAUCUCAUCAAAAUCAUCACUCUGUUUUCUUUCUCUAAUCGUUUGUAAAAGGCAAAGGCUUCACCUGCAAAGAGAGGGAAUCAAAAGCAAAGUGUGAAGUGUGUGUUUGCGUUUGCGUUUGCGUUUUAAUUUAAUUUGGUUAUGGAUAUCAGGUGGUCAUUAUGGCCUACUCCCACUUCCUUCUCCUUCCCCUGUUUUUCUUUUCUUUUCAUUUCAUUUUCCUCUCGUUCUUUGUUCUUGCCUAUUUUUGCAUGCGAAGCAAAUUUAUCCCUCAAAUCAUGCAUUCUCCCCUAAAUAUAGCUUGCUUUAUACACCUCAUUUCCCUGGUUCCCACUUCUUUUCCGUUCUUCUGAUUCUUCUGUCUCUCUUUCUCCCUUAGCCCUUUUGGAGCAAUAUGAAGAAAGUCUGUUGGCCAUACUUUGAUCCUGAAUUUGAUACUCUUCCAGAGAGGAUUAAUGGCCCUACUUGCAGAGUCUGCAUUGACAAUGAAAGCAUGGAGGAUUGCACCAUUGUCAAGGUGGAUAGCUUGAACAAACAAGGCCUCCUCCUUGAGGUGGUUCAAAUUUUGACAGAUUUGAACCUUUCAAUAUCCAAAAGCUAUAUUUCUUGUGAUGCAGGCUGGUUCAUGGAUGUUUUUCAUGUGAAGGAUGAGCAUAGCCACAAACUUACGGACCAGAAACUCAUCAACUCGAUCCAGCAGGCCAUAGGAACAACCAAAGGUCCUGACAACUCGGCCAAGGCCAGAAGUUAUGCCAACAACAUUCUGAAAUCUGACAAUUCCGGUGAGCAUACAGCCAUAGAAAUGACCGGAACCGACAGGCCUGGUCUCUUCUCCGAGAUAUCCGCUGCCUUGGCCGACCUGCAUUGCAACAUUGUGGAAGCUCAUGCUUGGAGCCACAAUGCUCGCUUGGCCUGCAUUGCCUAUAUUUCCGACCAAUCCACCGACAGCCCGAUCGAGGAUCCCCACCGGCUCGCCUCCAUUGAGGAGCAUCUCUCCACUGUCCUCCGGGCGGCCACUGCCCCUCCGAUCACCAGUUGGACGCACACCCUGCAACAAGAAGUGAAAACAUCAGCCACCAUAACAACCGAUGUGGAGCGGCGGCUGCACCAGCUCUUGCUUUCGGUCAAGGAUUAUGAUUGGACCUCCGAAUCUCUGUCCAACAGAUGCAAAAGUAAUAAAGAAUGGAGGAAGGAAAUGGUGCGGAUUGAAAGCUGUGAUCAGAAAGGAUACUCCAUUGUCAGCAUUGAGUGCAAGGAUAGGCCGAGGCUUAUGUUCGACACAGUUUGUACUCUUACAGAUAUGCAAUAUGUAAUCUUCCAUGCUUCCAUUAGUUCCAAAGGAGGGUGUGCUCUUCAGGAGUAUUUCAUCAGACAUGUAAAUGGGUAUGCCUUGAAUUCAGAGAAUGACAAGCAAAGGGUGGUGAAAUGUUUAGAAGCAGCCAUUGAACGGCGAGUUUGUGAGGGAGUAAGGCUGGAGUUAUGUGCAAACAAUAGGGCGGGAUUGCUGUCAGACAUAACGAGGGUUCUGCGAGAAAAUGGGCUGAAUGUGGUGAGAGCAGACAUAGCAACAAAGGGGGAGAAAGCCAUUAAUGCAUUCUAUGUCAAAGACAUUUCAGGCAAAGAAGUAGACAUGGAGAUGGUGGAGUCCGUGAAGAAGGAAAUUGGCCCCAUUGUCCUUCGAGUCAAGAACGAGACCAGCCCUCCAUCCUCACCUCAGGCUCAGAUUACAAGGUCUCGCUUCUCCUUCGGCGACAUGCUCAAGUCUCAGAUUGAGCGCCUGUCUCACAACUUCAUUGCCAUCAGGCACUGACUCUGUUUUUCUCCUGGCAACAAAUUAAAAGGAAUUGCAGCAGAAAACAGCAUACAAAGAAAAAUAUGGGUGAGUUUAGAUGUUCAUAUGUGUAUGAUAUUGACAUAGAAUUGGUGUAAAUAGUAUGGAAUUUGGCAAAAUAUGAAGAUAGGAUGAAAAUGUACUGUGGAGUAGAGAUUUUCAUGCACAUUCACAAUAAUGACGCAACAGAAUGAUUCUUUUGUUCAGCAUUGUGAUCUGUUGAAUGGAAUCGACAGCCUCUAGUUCUAUGUGCCUAAACCUUUGAAUUUAGAAGGGACGAU